AUGUUGAUUCUAGUUUUUUUUUGCCUAUUAUUGAUUCAAUUUAAUUUCAAUGUGUGUGAUAUUUUAUCCAGUAAUAAAAUUUCAAAUUGUUCUCUAUUAUUUCAAAUUCAAACAACUGAUCAUUCAAACAUAAUUCAAACAGAUUUUCCUAUUGAUCUUAUAGAUAAUUAUGAUUUAACAUGUAAUUUGAAAAAUUUUACAGCUUAUUAUAAAAUAACACCAUUAUCGUUUCUUGUUAUUGAUAAAUAUAAAAAUGAACAUGAAAAUUUCAAAUCAAUGCUUGAAUUACAUGUAAAACAAUUUAACUUUAGUUUUAAUCAAUCAUCAACUAUUCAACAAUGUGUUUUCUCAACAAAUAAAGAUAAUUAUAAUAUCCAGCAUGAUCACAAACAUCAAAUAUGUCGACAAAUACAUAUUGGAAUAAAUAGACUACAUCAUUUUUGGAAUUUAUCAAUGAAAAUAUUUUAUAUUUGUUUAAUAUGUUCAAUACGUACAUGUUAUAUUUAA